AAAUAGAAUUGCUUUGCCGCAAUCGUAUUAUUCGUCGAGUCGUUAGUCUUUUCGGUCGCAAACAAAAACGAUUUGGGUGCAGGACAGUUUAGAGCAGGCCGUAUUUCGAUACCGGGUAUACAUAUAUUUUGAGAAAGCUGUGUUAAGGCUAUUCACCGUUUGGUGACUGGGAAGAUGAAGAAGAAGAAGGUGGUCAGGCUCCCGGUUCUCCUCCUCGGCCAAUUCGACGAUGACUACCUUGACGAGGAGAUUGAUGAAAAGAUCCUUGAAGGUCAUCUCGUCCCCAUCCCUAGCGACUGCCCCGUCGAACGCAGCUACUGCGACGUCUCCAGAAACGGCUUCAACAAAAAUGGCGUCCUGGUGACAUCCGUGAUAAUGAUGAUAUUCGGUUCGAUCGAGUUCCUGGCGAAUUGCACACUGCUCACUCUCAACAGCAACAUCACGUACGUACUUGUAGGAUGUAUAUGUGCAGUGUUCCUAGCAGCGACCGGAGCAGUUGGCGCUGCGUCGUCGUGCACUUUGGAAGACUGUCCAAUCGGUACGACUAUGAUUUUCGCAACCUUGACAUCCCUGACAUCAUUCGGUCAGUUCGGAAUCAGCGCCGUCGGUAUAAUGGUGGAUGUUGUCGGACUUGGACCAACUCUUGGACUUGGAGCAACAGCGGUGACCGACGUUGUUGGAGCGACGGCAAUGCAUGGUUUCAAUGGAUUGACAGCAAUCGUCGGCGGGGUCUGCUCAAUCGUCCUCGCGUGUAUGACUUGCUCCACAGUGUGUUGUUCUUCCCGGAGGUUCGUGUUCGAAGAGCUGAGGCUGACGCAUAAGAAAGAGAGCAAGGACAAGUUUAAGAAACCGUCCGUUAUAGAGAACUGUGAUGAAGUCGAUUCGUCGGGGUAUGCUUACCGGCCGGCCUGGCCCACACGGCAGCAGAUUCUCGCCAACAAAGAGUACCAGCCGCGCAAGAGAGGACUUCUGGAUUUGAUCUUUGAUUCACAACAUAAGGUUGCCCCUUCUACAGACGCUUAAAACACCUAACAUUCACUUUCGUGCGAGAGAAAGAUUUCGUGGAAGGAAAUAUCUCGUGCAAGAUUUCGAUUGGCCUAUACGUUGUAGUUGAAAUGACACACAGUUUGGGCCAAUCAAAAGGAUAUUCCGUUUUUCGUGAACCCUGCAGGCCGAGAUUGUUUUAAAUGUCAGUGAAAUUGGUCUAGCAUCGUCAAAAUCUGUCACAUUAUACCUACACUGCCAUGCCAUAACUGAAAAAUGAGGCGCAAAUAAUGAAACGUGAGGGGCUCAUUGUUCCUGCUCGGUAGCAGUACAUUGAUGUACAGGGAAUGUAAAGGUAGCUCAAAAACUAAAAUAACACAAAAAUUUUCCCAAU